AUGCCAUCUGACAUAACCACAGAUUCACUCUCAUUUCCACCUCAGUCUACACCAGAAUCAAGCACAGAUGCAUUAACAAGUCCAUCUGAGUCAAACCCACUUUCAACUUCAACCUCAUUUAAAUCUACCACAGAGAACUGGCCCAGCACCUCUGAAUCAAGUAUGGAUAUAUCAUCUACUGUUAGUAUAUCGACCACAUACUUACAUUCCAGUCCAUCUGACUCGACCGUAGAUAUAUCAACAAGUGAAUCUCAAUCUAACACACCAUCAAAUUUACCUGAAUCAAGCACAAUCUCACUUUCAAGUUCACCUGAAUCAAGCACAGAUGCGCCAUCUUCUACAAUCCAAUCAACCACCUACUCAAUGUCAAGUUCAUUAGAAUCAACAACAGAGAACUUGUCUGAUCUAUCUGAAUUAACAACUAAUGCUCUAUUGAGUCCAUCUGAGUCAACCACAGGAACCCGAUCAAGUACUAUUGAAUCAACAACUUCAACUUUAUCUGAAUCUACCUCAGAUGCAUCAUACACUGUUUCUGAUUCAACCAUAACCACACUAGCCAAUACACCAGAAACAAUCGCUGAUUCAUCCUUUAGCCCAUCUGAUUCAAACACCAAUAAACCAUCUAGUCCAAUUGAAUCAACAACUGGUUCAUUUUCCAGUGCAUCAGAGUCAACCACACUCACCCUAUCAAAUUCUUAUAUAUCUACAACUCUAGAAAUGUCAUCGCCAUUUGAAUCAACCACCAAGACAUCAUCUGCUGAAUCUGAGUCAAUAGCUUAUACCCCAUCAAGUCCAGAUGGAUUAGGUACAGACACCUCAUCAACAUCAUCUGGAACAACACCAGUUGACUUUUCUGGUCCUUCUGAAUCUACCACAGAUGCAUUGCCCAUUGAAUCUCAACCAACCAUCACCACACAAUCAAAUAUACCUGAAUCAACUACAGAUUCAGCGUUCAAUCCAUCUGAAUCCAACACAGAUAAAUUGUCUAGUCCAUUUCAAUCAACAACAAUUGCACUGUCUAUGCCAUCUGACAUAACCACAGAUUCACUCUCAUUUCCACCUCAGUCUACACCAGAAUCAAGCACAGAUGCAUUAACAAGUCCAUCUGAGUCAAACCCACUUUCAACUUCAACCUCAUUUAAAUCUACCACAGAGAACUGGCCCAGCACCUCUGAAUCAAGUAUGGAUAUAUCAUCUACUGUUAGUAUAUCGACCACAUACUUACAUUCCAGUCCAUCUGACUCGACCGUAAGAUAUAUCAACAAGUGA